AUGGCGCAAACAGGAGCUGGCGGGUCGUAUAACAACCCGUUGAAGAAGUUCAAACUGGUUUUCCUGGGCGAACAAAGUGUCGGCAAGACGUCGCUCAUCACACGCUUCAUGUAUGACUCGUUCGACAACAUGUACCAGGCCACCAUUGGCAUCGAUUUCCUCUCAAAGGCAAGCACCAUGUAUCUGGAAGACCGGACGGUGCGGUUACAGCUUUGGGACACAGCCGGCCAGGAAAGAUUCAGGAGCUUGAUCCCUUCCUACAUCCGAGAUUCGAGCGUUGCAGUAGUCGUCUACGAUAUAUCAAAUGUAAAGAGUUUCGAGAACACGCGGAAAUGGAUCGACGAUGUGCGAGCAGAGCGAGGUAACGAUGUAAUCAUCGUCUUGGUCGGCAACAAGACAGAUUUGAAUGACAAGCGCGAGGUGACAACACAACAGGGCGAAGAGGAAGCCAAGAAGAACGAUCUCAUGUUCGUCGAGACCAGCGCCAAACUCGGACACAACGUCAAGACACUGUUCAAGAGGAUAGCGCAAGCCCUGCCCGGAAUGGAGGGGGCCGACGAUGCGGAGCAGGCGCCCGACCAGAUGAUCGAUGUCAAGACCAACCUCAACCCACCGCAACAGGAGGGCUGCGCGUGCUAG